AGGUUCUUAUCACAGUUCCAUCGAUACUGCCUUGAUGUCUAUGGGCUCGUGCAAUUCUUUCGGACCGAUGGACGUUCGGGAAGACUUGAUUUCCCGGGCAACGCAUCCGAGACUGCUCCAAUCAUCCAUCUCUCCGAGAGACAACGAGGGGUCAAGUUGCGCAAGGCUCACCACCAAUGAACCUCGGACCAAGUCAUCGUCAGAAACCCCCACCCUUCCCACCAAUAACACCCAAAACUCCUUCUCGAGCAACCCGCCAAUCGUAUGUCACAUGAUCCUGCAUCACCAGACUCGGGAGGAUGUAGACAUUCCUGUAAGGGGAAGAUGCAUUGAGAACAGGGACCAAGGAGGAACGACUGGAGGGAAGGGUGCAUCCCUCACAGCCUUACUAUUAGACGCACAGCCCACAUCGCCUACCACUUGAUGUUGAAACUGAAAUGACCAAUUUGUCCGCAUG